AUGUUGGCACAGGUAAAAGAUUGGGAGAACAAGUACAAGAAUCAGGAGCAUUUACGUAAAAAAGAGCAACGAACUCAUUCUAACAAUUCUGAAUACUUUUAUCAACGAUGUCUAAUGCUGGAACACAAGAUCAUCGAGAUAGAGAGGUUCUUGGCUGAUUACGGGCUAGUAUGGGUGGGCGAUACGAAAAACUCGACGGGCGCUGAUAAUAUUAACAAUAAUUACAUCGACACCAGUUACAGUCAGCUGGUUGCUAAUAUCGAUCAGUUGAACCUGACCGCGGGAAAGGGCGAAGUUCACGUUCAUCAUAAUGAGAAAGGAGGAGGAGCAACUUUCAAAGUAACGCUUUGCAGUCUUCCAACUCUUGCAUCUGUAUUUCAGCGUCGUGCAUUAAAAAUUAGACGGAAUAUUACAAAAAUGUCCGCAAAAUUGCAUACGAAAUUUUAA